AUGUCAGCCUUGAUCACCGAGGAGGUGACACGCUACAGAAACAACGGGAAGAAGUACAAAGCGGUAGGGGGGAGUACUCGUCCUGACUCAUCCCCCAGAGGCGACUCAGCGGAGACAAGUACAGGUGGUGCAGUCUAUACUCGCUGGGGACGGAAAACCUGCCCAAGUCAUUCUACCACAUUAUACCAAGGUGUGAUUGCAGGAGCCCAUUACCAGCAUGAAGGAGAAGGUGCCAAUCACUUAUGUCUACCGUUAUCCCCUCAGUGGAACAAGACUUACCCCGGCCACCAGUCUAAAGCUUAUAUCUACGGAACAGAGUUUGAAAUUUACAGCAGCAAUCCGGUAUUCCACACAUCUAACUCCGGAGGUAUUAGUCCACACAAUAGGGAUGCCCAGUGUGCUGUCUGUUACACGCCAGGAAGGCCCAGUCACGUGAUGAUACCAGCCCGCCUGGAGUGUCCAUCCGGAUGGACUGUGGAGUAUCUGGGGUUUCUCAUGGCCGCACAUACCACGCACAAGAGGACGGAGUACGUGUGCGUGGAUCAGGAUCCGGACACCCAUCCGGGCACGAGUGAUAGUGUUAACGCACAUUUGUUGUACACAGUAGAGGCUGCCUGUAGCCCACUUCCGUGUCCAAACUAUGUUGCCGGCUACGAAGUUACCUGCGUUGUUUGUACAAAAUGA